GCGAUCGCAUCUGGGAAAAAGAGCUGCAAAGCUCCCCGAAAAUCAAGAAACGGUCUUGAGUUCAUCAGUAAAAACCCCCGAAACAAACCCAUAUAUUUUUGUAGUAAACAUAAAAACAAACAAAAAAAAAGAAGCGAAAAACCAUAACAAACCAUAAAAACUAAUGAAAAUAAAAAAUGCUUUAUCUUCGCCCCUUCGCGAAGAUAUAGCGAUAUCGCAGGAAAACACCUUGUAAAUGAUUUCAAAGUGAGUGUAAACAGAAACUGUUCAACAUUCGCCAUGUGCCGGGUUUAAGCGUGAAUAAAUUACAAUUACACGCGUCAAACUGCGCAGCAAAAUAUGCUAGUGAAAAGUGCCACAACAGCAAAGGGAGCCGCACUUGCCAGGUCCUCGGCUGCAGCAUUAAUUUGAGGGGAAAGCAGGAAAAGCGAGGACAACCAGGAAAAACCCAUCCAGCGAAAAGGAUGCACUAAGCCCGCGGCGGAGCCCACCCAUCUCCCGUCUCUUUCCGGCACGCUCCCCUGUCGCCGUCCCUUUCUAUUGGAGAACCAGCGCGGAAGAAGCAGCACAGAGGCAAAAUGAAUAUUGGCAUCGCAGCACCGAAAUGGGAUAAAUUGUCGCCACGCGAGUUUUUGCAGCUGCAGGAGUUGGCCUCAUAUUCUACCCGAAAGCUGCAGGAUGUGCUGCGGGAGUUCAGCUCGCCGAGUGCCGCCAGCACGCCCAAGUGCAUUCCGGAUGGGGACAUUGAUUUCGACGGGUUCCGGCGCUUCCUGGACGCCUUCCUCGACUGCGAGGCGCCGUUGGACCUGGCCAAACAUUUGUUUGUGUCCUUCCUCAAGCCGAAUGUCACCCAGGCCCAGCUGCAUGGCCGGGCACUUAAUCAAAUGGCCGCCAUCAGCAGCACGGCCGCCUGUGCGCCGGUCACGUCGCACACGAAGGGCUCCAUACCAAACAUCAAUAGCAUUGCCGAGCUGAUGCCGCAGUGCAGCGGAGGCGGAGGCGGCAUCGGUGGCACGGGGGGCGUGGCCGGGGCCGAAGGGCACGCACAAGCCCGCAGCAGCUUUGUGGACAAAAUCCAUGGCAUCACGGAUAAAUUACACCACUCGCUGGGCGGACAUCUAUCCCACGAUCCUAGCAAGACCGGCAGUGUCCAUCCGAUGCUCACGGUGACGCCGAGUCCCUUGGCCAGCGGACCCAGCAUGUUCCAGGCGAGCAAUCCGGCCCGUCGCUCCGUGGACUCCAGUCCCUCGCACUCGGCCACCAACCACUCGCAGAUGUCUCGCAACUCCUCGAAGAAGAGCAGCAACUCGGUUAAUUGCAAAAUUGAUGCAGUUUCACGCAUUUUGCCAGCAAUUGGACGGCAUUGUCCUGGAAGUUUAGAGAGUGGGAGUGCACAGGCAGAAAAGAGGGCUGACAUUAAGCUCCUCGCGCGAAAACUCUCCCAUUUCGAUCCGCUGACACUCAAGGUCCCGCUGAAGGAUGUCGUCUGCUAUUUAUCACUGCUCGAGGCAGGACGACCGGAGGACAAGCUGGAGUUCAUGUUCCGGCUGUACGACACGGAUAGCAACGGAGUCCUGGACACGGCCGAAAUGGACGCCAUUGUUAACCAGAUGAUGGCCGUGGCCGAAUACCUCGGCUGGGAUGUCAGCGAACUGCGUCCGAUACUGCAAGAGAUGAUGGUUGAAAUCGACUACGAUGCCGAUGGCACGGUGUCCUUGGACGAGUGGCAGCGAGGCGGGAUGACUACGAUUCCACUGCUGGUGCUCCUGGGUGUCGACAGCACCACGCUCAAGGAGGAUGGCAUCCACGUGUGGCGCCUGAAGCACUUCAGCAAGCCGGCGUACUGCAAUCUCUGCCUCAACAUGUUGGUGGGUCUCGGCAAGAAGGGCCUCUGCUGUGUGCUUUGCAAGUACACCGUCCAUGAGCGAUGCGUGCAACAUGCUCCCGCGUCCUGCAUCACCACCUACGUCAAGUCCAAGAAACCAAAGUGCGGCGGAGACCUACUGCAUCACUGGGUGGAGGGCAACUGCUAUGGACGGUGCUCCAAGUGCCGCAAAAGGAUAAAGGCCUACCACGGAAUCACAGGACUUACCUGCCGCUGGUGUCACAUGAUGCUCCACAACCGCUGCGCCUCGUCGGUGAAGAAGGAGUGCACCUUGGGCGAAUACUCCGAGCUAAUUGUCCCGCCCACGGCCAUCUGCCCGGCGGUACUCGACCGCCAGCGAUCCGUGAAUCAGGCUCACAAGGCCACGCACUUCCAAAUCACGCCGCCGGACGAGCUGAGCUGCCCGCUGCUGGUGUUCGUCAAUCCGAAGAGCGGCGGUCGCCAGGGGGAUCGCAUCCUGCGGAAGUUCCAGUACAUGCUCAAUCCGCGCCAGGUGUACGACCUGUCCAAGGGCGGGCCCAAGGAGGGACUCACACUCUUCAAGGACCUGCCUCGCUUCAGGGUCAUUUGCUGUGGCGGCGACGGCACCGUCGGCUGGGUUUUGGAAGCCAUGGACUCCAUAGAGUUGGCCAGCCAGCCGGCCAUCGGAGUGAUUCCCCUGGGAACGGGCAACGACCUGGCUCGCUGUCUCCGCUGGGGCGGUGGAUACGAGGGCGAAAACAUCCCCAAACUGAUGGACAAGUUUCGAAGAGCCUCCACCGUCAUGCUGGACCGCUGGAGCAUCGAGGUGACCAAUACUCCGCACAGCGAUGACAUGCGACCCAAGGUGACGCUGCACUCGAACAUGCAGAAGGUGAUUGAGCUGUCGCAAAGUGUUGUGGUCGACAAAUCGCUGAUGGAACGCUUCGAGGAAAUCCAACGGCAGAGCAAGCAGGUGGCCACGUCCAUGGGCACGGCGGCCUCAAGCACAUCGAUUAUGAUGGCCAGCAAGACGGAAACGGAAAUGGAAACGAUGGCCACGAUGGAGUUCGGCAGCAGCACGACCACCACCAACAGAACGACCACGACCAAGAGCAUUUCGAUGUCCACGUUCGAGACGCAGUGCCUGCAACAGACCCUGCGGACAGCGAUGAGCAGCAGCAGCAGCAACACGAGCAGCGGCAGUCCGUGCAACGGCAACCAGGAUGCGGAAACGGAAGUAGAUUCCCAUGCCGCUGCCGCUGCCGAUGUCCGGGAGAAGUCCGUGCCCAGGAGGUCGGGUGAAACGGAAAAGCAAUCACUUGAGACGCUGCUGCUGCAGCACAAACAGCAGAUGCAACAACAGCAGCAGCAACAGCAGCAAGGAGUCACAUCACUAGCUGUCGAGGAAGCUGCAACAGCAACGCCAGUCGGGAGUAAUCAAAGCGAUAAUAGUAGCCAGCGCAAUAAGCAAAACAACAUCCUUAAACAGCAAAUUACAUUGUCAUUGGACUUGUCCGACCAUGAGGACGAGCCCAAGGACGAUGGCGGUGGCGCUGGCGAUGGUACCAAGAGCAACGGCAACAGCAUUCCGGCAACACCAGCCACACCAAUCACACCCACCACUCCGAAUGCCGCAUCAAGUGUGCUGCAGCAACAACAGCAACAGCAUCUCCAGUUCGAGCAGCAACAGAAGCCCAUCAAAGUGCAAUCCGACAAGGACUGCACGGUGCCCUACAACAUAAUCAACAAUUAUUUCUCCGUCGGCGUGGACGCCGCCAUCUGCGUCAAGUUCCACCUGGAGCGUGAGAAGAACCCGCACAAAUUCAACAGCCGCAUGAAGAACAAGCUGUGGUACUUCGAGUAUGCAACAUCCGAGACAUUUGCGGCAUCCUGCAAGAAUCUCCACGAGAGCAUCGAGAUUGUGUGCGAUGGCGUGGCCCUGGACUUGGCCAACGGACCCCACUUGCAGGGAGUGGCUCUGCUCAACAUCCCGUACACACACGGCGGUUCCAACCUGUGGGGCGAGCACCUGUCUCAGAAACGGAUCCGCAAGAGUGCCGGCCCCUUCGGCAAGAGUAAGAAACUACGCGCCGGCGACAAGGAGUUCUCCGCCACCAGCUUCAAUUCCGUGGACCUCUCGGUGGCCAUUCAGGACUUUGGAGAUCGGCUCAUCGAGGUAAUUGGGCUGGAGAACUGCCUGCACAUGGGCCAGGUGAGGACUGGACUUCGCGCGUCGGGACGCCGCCUGGCCCAGUGCAGCGAAGUGAUCAUCAAGACGAAGAAAACAUUUCCCAUGCAGAUAGAUGGCGAGCCCUGGAUGCAGAUGCCCUGCACGAUCAAGGUGACCCACAAGAACCAGGUGCCCAUGCUGAUGGCACCGCGGUCGGAAAAGGGACGCGGAUUCUUCAACCUGCUGUGCAGCUGAUUCAGGCGCAGCGCAUCGAGCGACUUCAUGGGCCGGAGUGCCCAGGAGUCGGCCGAUGAGCUGGAUGAUGACUUUCGGAUCGUCCCUAGAAGCACCACCGUCCACAACAUAGCCUAGCGUCAAUAGCUUUAGCCCAGUCCACCCGCGAUCGCAUCGAAUUGGUUAACCCUAGGUUAAGGCUUCCCUUAUGAUAUGAUAUGAUAUGACAUGAUAUGAUAUGAUAUGUGUAGAUCUGCUAUAUGUGUAUGUAUUCUUGUAUGCAUGUAUGUCGAGUGAGUUACAGAGCUUUAUAUUUAGUGUUAGACUAGCCAAAUAUACAACCGAGUCAAGUCCAUUCCAAUGGCAUCCGAGUGCGGUGGCUGUAUAUACAUACAUAGCAAUACUGCGACGGCUUUAGGCCACCGGAUAUUUUAAGAACACACUUUAAAAGCGAUAGCAUAGCGAAAAUUGUCCAAAGAUGCAACUGAAAUGAGACCAACCAAGCAACCAGAACAACAAACCAAACACAAAAACCAAACAGCUAAUAGUAGUGCGAAUUUUAUGCCCUAGGCUAAGUACGAGUAUGUAAUUUAUUCCGUCAUUUAUCAGCAGUGGUGAGUGUUGCUGGGAUCGACGGGGGAUAUAUGUAUACGUCUACCGACGUAUGUAGAACCAACUCACAUAUCAUUGAUUUCCGACUCGAGAUUUUGCAUUUGAGCAGCACUCCGCCACUGAACUACGAACUUUACUUGUUUUUUUUUUUAUUUUUGGUAAUUUAUAUUGUAUAUAGCGAAACAAAUGUAACUUGGCAUGAUGCAAGUGUCAACUAAAUGGUGCAGCUUUAAACGAAAUUUUAUAUAUGAACACAUAUAUUGAGAUGACACAAACCGGAUGUUGAACAAUACAUACAUAGCAUAUAUAUUUCGUAUAGUCGUAUAUGUUUGUUAAGUGCCAAUAAGGUCCUCACAAAUACAAUACUCAUAGAAGAAUACCCUGUCCCAAGCCUUUUCUCACCCCCAUCAGUAAAUUUAACCGCCCAGGAAAAAUUUCAAAUCGAAAAACCACAUUCCAAGCAUUUCCCAGACCACGUGUACAUUUUUAGACGCAAAGCACGAAGUAGUGCAAAUCUGGUAAAGUGAAAUCACCAAUAAUCUUGUUUGUUAAACGUAGUAUCCCUAGAAUCAAAUAACUACUAGCUGAUAGUUAUUGAAUGGCACGAAACCAAAGAGCACUAUUUUUGAAUUAUUAGGUAAUAUGAGAGGCACUGCUCAGAUGGAAUGUUAAUUGGAUAUACUCGCAAUAUAAUAUGUGUCCUUCGAAUCGUUACUCCCCCUAAGUAGUUCGGAAUAUUAAAGCUUACUUCGAAGACUAACCAUAGUUUUUACAAACACUUCACACCUAAUGUUAUGGAGCGCGUCGAGAUAUCCUAGCCAUUUUCCGAGUCCAAAUUGAGUUCUCCUCGUACGUGCCAUCCUAACCGACCUUAGACUUCCUCAGCAGGAUAUCCGCACUGCACACGAUUAAUCCUUAAUGUACGUGGACUCUUGUAUACUGUCGAACUACUAUUGCAAACCAACGUAAUAUACAUAAAAGUCGAUUUAAUUUUGCAAAUAAACAUUUUCAAUGCGAUUCCCCGCGCCCACGAGUCCUCGGUUCCGCAUGGAACACGGGGUUUUGGUGCCAGCGCCGGGACGCCGCUAAUGCCACACAGUAGCCAGUUAACAUUAAUUAUAAAUGAACCACUUAAUAUUAGUAAAAUGCAAAGCAAAGCGGCUCAGCAAGGCCACGCUUGUGUACAGUACAACUAGAUGUAAGCGUAUACCUGUCUAAUGUUAAAUCGAAGUAAUCGAAAAGUAGCUACUAGUUGAUAUUAGCCGAGAAAAAAUAACGAAAAUAGCAAGUGGAACUUGAAAACUAUACACUACGUUAAGCGAUAAAUAAUGCCUAAGUAGUUGAAUGUAUUCACUAAGCGGAGUUAUAACCUGUGUACAAAGCUGGGUUCCUUUCGUAACUUCAUUAGUUUUUCAUUUUU